AUGUCUUUCAAUGGCCCAAUUGAGGAGAGUUUUCCUACGCCUGCCGACAUAGAUAGAUCCACUGUGUCGCAUCUUCAGAAAGGCUACAAGAUCAGCGCACGCAAGCUCCCCAUCUCGAAAUCAGGAACGAUCGACGAGAUGGAGAAGAAGCUGGGAAUUCCAGUUCCCGAGAUGAUAUUUGGUGGCAACAUGGUUUCUAUUGAGCAUGUGACAACGGGAUGGCGGUUGGAGUUCAACGCCUAUGAUGCUCUGGAUCGCGUCGACAAAACAGACCGUAAUAUGCUAAAGGUCGCAUAUUCCCAAGAAUGGUCUAGCAGCAGGUUUGAUGGUGUGCCCUUUUCCCAUGACCCUGCUAAUGUCCUUUCUAGAGAAAAGACGCAUGAAGGCAUCAAGGAAAUAGUCAAGCCGUUUGACUGGUCAUACACGACGGAUUACAAAGGGACAAUCACGGGCAAGCCAUUUGAGCUCCAGAAAGAUAAUGAAAAUCCUAUCCCGAUCGAACUUCUAAAGCGGCCGGACCCGAUACUCUUCUUCGAAGAGGUGGUCCUUUACGAGAGUGAACUCGAUGACAACGGCAUCUCCCUAUUCUCUUGCAAACUCCGCGUCAUGCCCGACCGCAUGCUACUCUUGUGUCGGCUUUUCAUGAGACUUGAUGGCGUUCUCAUCCGGAUACGAGAUACCAGGAUAUAUGUCGAUUUCAACACCGGGAAGGUGAUCAGAGACUAUACCGAGAGGGAGGAUGCCUUCGACAAGGUUAAACAGGCCCUACUCUCGUCCGGCAGGCUUCCCAAUGAUCUCACAAUCGCUUUGCGCGACCCUAAUCAAAUUUCACACCUGGUACCUGAAGUGUCUCACACUUUAGAAAGUUUGACACUGCCAUAG